GGGACCAUGCAGCAGGGGGACAUCCGCCUGGAGGGGCUGCGCCCCCGGGAGGACCCCGCGGACCCCGCGGCCGCUGUGGAUGCGGAGCGCGCGCGGGCGGCCGCUCCCCGCGCACCGACGGCCGCGAUGCGGGUCCACGACAGCUACUCGACGCUCCCGGCCGAGGACCGCAGCGUGCACAUCAUCAACAUCUGCGCCCUGGAGGACGGCGGCCGCCGCGCGAGCGAGGGCACGCUACUCAACUCCUUGUCCGUGGACCCCGACGCCGAGUGCAAGUAUGGCCUGUACUUCCGGGACGGCCGGCGGAAGGUGGACUACAUCCUGGUCUACCAGCACAAGCGGUCAGCCGCCAGCAGGACGCUGGGCCGGCGCGUGCAGCCCGGGGAACCGGCCGCCCGCAGCGUCAAGCCGGACCAGCCGCUGCCCGGCUCGGGGACGCCGCUGGGCGCUGAGCCCGCCGUGGACUACCACGAGGAUGACAAGCGCUCUCGGCGGGAGGAGUACGAGAGCAACCUGCUGGAGGCGGGGCUGGAGCUGGAGCACGACGAGGAGACCAAGCUGCCGGGGGUCGGGUUCGUGAAGAUCCACGCGCCCUGGGCCGUGCUGUGCAGGGAGGCCGAGUUCCUGAAGCUCAAGAUGCCCACCAAGAAGGUCUACCGCCUGCAUGAGGCCCGCGGGAUCCUGAGGAAGAUCAACUCCGUGUUGCGCAAGCUCACGGACCCAAUCCAGCCGCGCGUGGCCGAGCACCGGCCGCAGACCAUGAAGCGCCUCUCGUACCCCUUCUCCCGCGAGAAGCAGCACCUAUUCGACCUGUCUGACAAAGAUUCCUUUUUCGACAGCAAGACCCGGAGCACGAUUGUCUAUGAGAUCCUGAAAAGGACCACGUGCACCAAGGCCAAGUACAGCAUGGGGAAAGGAGAGGGGAGGAAGAAGGACUCUGCCCUUGUAACUAAGAGACGGAAGUGUGGGAAAUACGGUAUCACCAGCCUGCUGGCCAACGGCGUGUACUCGGCCGCCUACCCGCUGCACGACGGGGAUUACGAAGGCGAGAACAUGGACUUCAACGACAGGAAGCUCCUGUACGAGGAGUGGGCGAGCUACGGGGUCUUCUACAAGUACCAGCCCAUCGACCUGGUCAGGAAGUACUUCGGGGAGAAGAUCGGCCUGUACUUCGCCUGGCUGGGGGUCUACACGCAGAUGCUCAUCCCCGCCUCGGUGGUGGGCGUCAUCGUCUUCCUGUACGGCUGCGCCACGGUGGACGACAACAUCCCCAGCAUGGAGAUGUGUGACCAGACAUACAACAUCACCAUGUGCCCGCUCUGCGACAAGACCUGCAGCUACUGGAAGAUGAGCUCCGCCUGCGCCACGGCCCGCGCCAGCCACCUCUUCGACAACCCCGCCACCGUCUUCUUCUCCGUCUUCAUGGCCCUGUGGGCCGCCACCUUCAUGGAGCACUGGAAACGGAAACAGAUGCGGCUCAACUACCACUGGGACCUCACGGGCUUCGAGGAGGAGGAGGACCAUCCCCGGGCCGAGUACGAAGCCAGAGUGCUGGAGAAGUCGCUCCGGAAAGAGUCCAAGAACAAAGAGAAGCGCCGGCAUGUGCCCGAGGAGGCCACAAACCAGUGGCAGCGGAGGGUUAGGACGGCCCUGGCAGGGGUGAAGCUGACAGACAAGGUGAAGCUGACGUGGAGAGACCGCUUCCCGGCCUACGUCACCAACCUGGUCUCCAUCAUCUUCAUGAUCGCCGUGACCUUCGCCAUUGUCCUGGGCGUGAUUAUCUACAGGAUCUCCACGGCGGCCGCCCUGGCCAUGAACUCGUCACCCUCCGUGCGCUCCAACAUCCGGGUGACGGUCACGGCCACGGCUGUCAUCAUCAACCUGGUGGUCAUCAUCCUCCUGGACGAGGUGUACGGCUGCAUCGCCCGCUGGCUCACCAAGAUCGAGGUCCCCAAGACGGAGAAGAGCUUCGAGGAGCGGCUCAUUUUCAAGGCCUUCCUGCUCAAGUUCGUCAACUCCUACACGCCCAUCUUCUACGUGGCCUUCUUCAAAGGCCGGUUUGUGGGGCGCCCGGGUGACUACGUCUACAUUUUCCACUCUUUCCGGAUGGAGGAGUGCGCGCCCGGGGGCUGCCUGAUGGAGCUCUGCAUCCAGCUCAGCAUCAUCAUGCUGGGGAAGCAGCUCAUCCAGAACAACCUCUUCGAGAUCGGCGUCCCGAAAAUGAAGAAGUUGAUCCGCUACCUGAGGCUCAAGCACCGCAGCCCUGCGGACCACGAGUACGUGAAGCGCAAACAGCGCUACGAGGUGGACUUCACGCUCGAGCCCUUCGCCGGCCUCACCCCCGAGUACAUGGAGAUGAUCAUCCAGUUCGGCUUCGUGACCCUGUUCGUGGCCUCCUUCCCGCUGGCCCCGCUCUUUGCGCUGCUGAACAACAUCAUCGAAAUCCGGCUGGACGCCAAGAAGUUCAUCACGGAGCUGCGGAGGCCGGUGGCCGUCAGAGCCAAGGACAUCGGAAUCUGGUACAACAUCCUCCGUGGCAUCGGAAAGCUGGCCGUCAUCAUCAACGCCUUCGUCAUCUCCUUCACGUCCGACUUCAUCCCCCGCCUGGUGUACCUGUACAUGUACAGCAAGAACGGGACCAUGCGCGGUUUCGUCAACCACACCCUCUCCUCCUUCAACGUCAGCGACUUCCAGGCGGGCACGGCCCCCAACGACCCCCUGGAGCUGGGCUACGAGGUGCAGAUCUGCAGGUACAAGGACUACCGGGAACCCCCGUGGUCGGAGCACAAGUACGACAUCUCCAAGGACUUCUGGGCCGUGCUGGCCGCGCGCCUGGCCUUCGUCAUUGUCUUCCAGAACCUGGUGAUGUUCAUGAGCGACUUCGUGGACUGGGUCAUCCCCGACAUCCCGAAGGACAUCAGCCAGCAGGUGCACAAGGAGAAGGUGCUCAUGGUGGAGCUGUUCAUGCGGGAGGAGCAGGACAAGCAGCAGCUGCUGGACACGUGGAUGGACAAGGGCCACGCCCAGGACACGCCCAGCAACAACCACGGCCCCGUGGCCCGUGCCCGCAGCCUGGGCCCCGAGGACCCUGGGGGCGCCCUGUAGGGCCCCCGCCCCUGACCAGCGGGCCUC